CUUAUUUUGUGUCUGAAAGUGACUGUCAGUAUGGCAGAUGAGAAGAAAGCACAGCAAGCCUCCAAGAAGGGCGCCAAGAAAAUCAUCAAGAAGGCGCCGGGGAAAGCCGGCAAGAAAAGGAAACGAUCCAGGAAAGAAAGUUACUCUAUCUACAUCUACAAAGUGCUGAAGCAGGUUCACCCCGACACCGGCAUCUCCUCCAAGGCGAUGAGCAUCAUGAACUCGUUCGUCAAGGAUAUUUUCGAGCGUAUCGCGGGGGAGGCUUCCCGCCUGGCCCAUUACAACAAGCGCAGCACCAUCAGCUCCCGGGAGAUCCAGACCGCGGUGCGGCUGCUGCUGCCCGGGGAGCUGGCCAAGCACGCCGUGUCGGAGGGUACAAAGGCGGUGACCAAGUACACCAGCUCCAAGUGAGACCCCACAUUGUGCUGAGAAAAACACAUCCAAAACCCAACGGCUCUUUUAAGAGCCACCCACAACUUCUCUGAAACGGCUGA